AUGUGGGGUCUCAAGACCUACAUACGUGGUUCAUGUAAGAUACGUGGUCACGCUUCUGCACAUUCGAUGUGGAAUCUGGAAUCUGGAAUCUGGAGUCUGGAGUCUGGAGUUGUGGGGAAUGAGACAUGCAUGCCGGGAGUAUCGGUUGAUGGAGCUGGGUUUCAAGGGUUCUUUGUCGGUUUUGGGCGGCGAUUUUAUGUGCCUGAAUAG